CGCCCGCCCGGCCGCCGGCCGCCCGCCGCCCGCCACAUGCAGGCCGCCGCCGCCCUCCCCGAGGAGAUCCGUUGGCUCCUGGAAGAUGCUGAGGAUUUCCUGGCAGAAGGUUUGCGGAAUGAGAACCUCAGUGCUGGUGCAAGGGACCACAGAGACCAUAUUCUACGGGGCUUUCAGCAAAUCAGAGCUAGGUACUUUUGGGAUUAUCAGCCCCAAGGAGGAGACCACGCUGAAAAUUACUUUGGACAGGACAGCUCUGAUGAUAAUCACAGUGGACCUCAUGGCCCGUCUCUCACAUCAGAUGCACCUUUUUUGUCAGAUUAUCAGGAUGAUGGAAUGGAAGACAUCACAAGAGGAGCUCAAGAGCUUGAUAAUAUCAUCAAGCAAGGAUACUUAGAGAAGAAAAGCAAAGAUCACAGUUUCUUUGGUUCAGAGUGGCAGAAGCGAUGGUGUGUUGUCAGCAGAGGCCUCUUCUACUACUAUGCUAAUGAGAAAAGCAAGCAGCCCAAAGGGACCUUUCUCAUUAAGGGCUACAGUGUACGGAUGGCCCCCUACCUGCGAAAAGAUUCCAAGAAAGAAUCCUGCUUUGAGCUGACCUCCCAGGAUAGGCGCAGCUAUGAGUUUACAGCCUCUAAUCCAGCUGAAGCCAGAGACUGGGUGGAUCAAAUAAGUUUCUUAUUAAAGGAUCUGAGCUCCUUAACCAUUCCAUAUGAAGAGGAGGAGGAGGAAGAAGAAGAGGAAGAGAUGUAUGAUGAUAUUGAUGGUUUUGACGCCCCAAAUUCUGGUUCCCAAAGCAGACCCAUUAUUCUGCCUGGGAGUGUGGGGCUCAAAGAGCCCAAGGAGGAGAAAGAAGAUGACGAUAUUUACGAAGUCUUACCAGAUGAAGAGCAUGACCUAGAAGAGGAUGACAGUGACACCCUACAGAAAGGAGUGGACUAUGCCAGUUAUUACCAGGGCCUAUGGGAUUGCCAUGGCGACCAGCCAGACGAACUGUCCUUCCAACGGGGUGACCUCAUCCGCAUUCUGAGCAAGGAGUAUAACAUGUAUGGCUGGUGGGUAGGAGAACUGAACAGCCUCGUUGGGAUUGUUCCAAAGGACUAUCUCACCACCGCCUUUGAAGUGGAGGAAAGAUGAGGCCCAGGACAUAUAUCCUUCAUUCCACCCUGCCUUUAUGAAGAAACUGUUCAUCCAGAGCUCCCACUCCCUCCCCCGCCAGCCCACCGACACCGCGGACUCUUCUCUGUAGGGAAGAGACUGAAGCCUCCGACACGUGCAGGAACAGUAAACCACCAAUAAGACAAGCGAGAAGAGGCACGUUCAGCAGACCUGUUACUAAACCUGCCUCCUCAGAGCUGAGCCCAUCUCUAAACAUGUCCACACAUCUACUUCUGCCUUCUCCACAGGCUUGUCACAGAGAAGGUGAGAGAAGGAAACCUUUGGAGGAAUAAGUUGCUGGUUGCUUUGCCUGGCUUGAAAAGCAGGAAUAAACCUCAGAUUUGGCUGCUUGC